UUUCUUAUUUACUUUCGCCUUUUGUCCCGCCAUGUGCAAAUCAUACGAAACAAAAAUGGCGGAGACCACACAACCGUUUGCGUUCGUGAAGUUUGUUUCGAGAAAAAUCAACAAAAUUAGAUGGCAGCCAAGUCAAAAACAGAUGUUAGAAUGUUCAGACACAUUUGUUACCGGUAGCUGGGACGAUAAGGAAAACAAAAUAUCUCUCUGGUACGUGGGACCCCCGACACAGAGGCCCAUGGAAGAUGAUGAAGGAGAAGGAAUGGAGCCCACUCUGAAGUGUGAUAUAACUCACAAUGGAGAUGUCACAGGACUGGAGUAUAUUGGAUCAGAUGAGAUCGUGGCUUCUUCAUCCACAGGGACAGUGACUUUAUACAAGUACCACACAGCCUCUCAG